AUGGCCAACUAUCUCGCCUCCAUUUUUGGUACAGAACAGGACAAGGUCAAUUGCUCCUUCUACUACAAGAUUGGCGCCUGCAGACACGGCGACAGAUGCUCCCGCAAGCAUGUCAAGCCAUCAUACUCCCAGACGAUCCUGAUGCCCAACAUGUAUCAGAACCCAGCCUACGACCCAAAGAGCAAGAUGAACCCCAGCCAGCUGCAAAACCACUUCGAUGCGUUCUAUGAGGAUGUGUGGUGCGAGAUGUGCAAGUACGGCGAGUUGGAGGAAUUGGUUGUUUGCGACAACAACAAUGACCAUCUCAUCGGCAACGUCUACGCGCGAUUCAAAUACGAAGAAGACGCACAGGCCGCGUGCGAUGCGCUCAAUUCGCGCUGGUACGCAGCACGGCCGAUAUAUUGCGAGCUAUCACCUGUGACAGAUUUCCGAGAAGCGUGUUGCCGGUUAAAUAGUGGCGAAGGAUGCGUACGAGGCGGAUUCUGCAAUUUCAUUCACCGGAAAGAUCCUAGUCCCGAGCUCGACCGUGAGCUUCGCUUGAGCACCAAGAAGUGGCUCAAAGAACGAGGCCGGGACCCGAGAAGUGCUAGCCGGAGUCCUAGUCCGGAGCCUACCAGGCGGAGGUUUUAG